ACCGAUUCAGACCAGACCAGACCAAACUACCAACUCAAAUCAAACCGAACGAACGAACUGAACUUCAAAUCGAAGCCAAAUUCAAAUCAGCACUUCAGUUCAAUUUUACUAUUGAACAUUCCCAUUCACAUCACUUCUCCCAAAAUCUCAUCAUAUCAACUCUCAUUAUAUAUCCCUAGCUGCUGCAGGUUCAGCAUCUCUUUCCAACAUCAAAACAUCUUUUCAAAUCUCAAUCCAAAAAUGGCAUAUCGAAACCAAGACCAAGAUUUAGAUGAUCAAAUCCCAUUAACACCAGGAGUGAGUAAUACGGCAUCUAAUCCAUCUUACUUACGAAGAAAUGAAAGUGAGAAAUCUAGAUUACAAGGUUUAAUGGGAAAAGCAGAUGAUCGAAGAAGUAUAUUGAGUGUGAGUUCGGUAAGUCAAAACGGUCAAUCGGCUACUUCUAAAGCAGAUUUAAAGAAAGGUGUCUUGGUCGAAUCUCGUUGGACUCGUUUUAAAUCUUGGAUGGUUAAUGAAGGUGGUCGUAAGAUCUUUACUUGGACUUGGAUCUUUGUUCAUCUUUUAGUCUUCACUUUAGCUUUUCUUAAUUUCCAAUUGAAAGAUAAUCUCACCCAAGCUCGUUCAACCUUUUCAAUCACUUACCCUAUCGCAAGAUCAGCUGCACUAGUCUUACACGUAGAUGUAGCUUUCAUCUUACUACCAGUUUGUCGAAACUUUAUUACCUUAUUAAGAAGAUCAGCUUUAAACCAUGUGAUCCCAUUUGAGAAGAAUAUCACCUUUCACAAAUUCACAGGUUUCGCUUUAGCUUUCUUUACGGCUAUUCAUAUUGCUGCUCAUAUGGCCAACUUUACUCAAUUAGCUAUCAAAACUCAAACUGGAGUCGUAGGUUUUAUUGGUGCUAAUUUCUUAACCGGUCCUGGUGCUACUGGUUGGAUCAUGACCAUUGCUUUGGGGAUCAUGGUUUGGUAUGCUAGAGAAGCUCCAAGAAGAGCUCGAUUUGAACGCUUUUGGUAUUCUCAUCAUCUGUUCAUCGUCUUCUUUGUGGGUUGGCAAUUACAUGGAAUGUUUUGUAUGAUUCAGCCUGAUAGACCGCCUUACUGCUCAUUCAAUCAGAUUGGUGUCUUUUGGAAAUAUUGGUUGGCCGGUGGAGUGAUCUUCCUUUGGGAAAGAGUUUUACGAGAAGUUAGAUCAAGACACAAAACUUAUGUUUCAAAAGUCAUUCAACAUCCAUCUCGAGUCUGUGAAGUUCAAAUCAAAAAAGAAAAAACCGUGACAAGAGCAGGACAAUAUAUCUUUUUAAAUUGUCCUGAAGUUUCGUAUUGGCAAUGGCAUCCAUUUACCCUUACCUCAGCACCAGAAGAAGAUUAUAUUUCGGUACAUAUUAGAUGUGUUGGAGAUUUUACAACGGAGUUUGCUGAAGCCUUAGGAUGUGAUUUUUCAAAGGUUUCUGAAAAAUCAGGUGGAGAAGCUGCAGUAGUCAAACCACCUACUAAUCGAGUCUUACCUAGAGUGAUGGUAGAUGGACCUUUUGGAUCAGCAUCAGAAGAUGUAUUCAAAUUCGAAGCUGUGAUCUUGUGUGGUGGAGGGAUUGGAGUGACCCCAUUUGCAUCUGUUUUAAAAUCGAUUUGGUAUAGAUUGAAUUUUGCAUCGAAAUCAGAACAACAACAAACUCGAUUACAAAAGGUUUAUUUCUUUUGGGUUUGUCGAGAUUUCGAUUCGUUUGAAUGGUUUAAAUCUUUAUUACAAGCCAUUGAAGAACAAGAUUUAGAAGGAAGAGUCGAAUUACAUACUUAUAUCACACAGAAAUUGAAGGAUGAUGUGAUUAAUAAUAUUAUUGUUUCGGAUGUUGGGGGUGGUAGAGAUGCGAUUACUCAUCUAAGAUCUCCUACUCAUUAUGGUCGACCGAAUUGGGAUCGUGUUUUUAAUUCGGUUAGAGAAAGACAUCCGGCUACUGAUGUUGGUGUUUUCUUUUGUGGACCUGGACCAUUAGGACAUCAAUUACAUUUACAAUGUAAUAAAUGGACUGGAGGUGAAGAUGGUGAUACUCGAUUCUUUUGGGGUAAAGAGAAUUUUUGAGAAAAGGGUUUUUCCUUUCCUGUUUAGCAAAGUUUGAAUUUUGAAGCAUUGUGUCUUUUUUUAUUUGUAAAUCGGAUGUUCUUUUCUUUUCUUUUCUUCUCAUUCAUCAUCAAUGAGGUUUACUUUAUCUUAUUAAGAUAAAUUUCAUCAUCUUGAAACUAUGAAAAAAAAAUUGUGGGGAUCUUAAACCAAAGGAAAAAGGAAAAAAACUCAGGUUUAUAUACAUACAAUAUUGAUUUCUCUCUUAUUUUUUGUUAAUUACAUGUUUUAAUAGAUUUUUUUGAGAUUUUUUUUAUAUAUCCUUUUUUGACAAUCUUUUUUGACUUAUUUAACAUUUUUAAUUCAUUCAUUCAUUUAUCUUUUUUAU